UUCACGACUUCAAAUCACAUGAUGCUGUCGUUACCUUAAACUCCUCUCAGGUGGAGAAUACAAUUCUUCAAUUCAAGGCUUGUAAUUACUUUGUCACAAAAGUUCAACUUUCUACCGUCAAAACAAAAACUGAAGAUUGCAAGAAUCUGUGAAUUCAAUGGGAAAUAGAAGCAACGAAGAAGAAAGAGAGAUUGAGAAUCAUCGUAAUCAAGUGGUGAGAGAAGACAUUGAAGAGGUUCCAGUGGCUAUGGACGAUGAAGUUAGUAGAAUUCCACCAUGGGCGAGACAGAUAACAGUUAGGGGAUUAAUAACAAGUUUUUUUAUUGGAGUGAUUUAUAGUGUGAUUGUGAUGAAGUUGAAUCUCACUACUGGAUUAGUUCCUAAUCUCAAUGUUUCUGCUGCUUUACUUGGGUUUGUGUUUAUUCGAACUUGGACUAAGUUGCUUGCAAAAGCUAAGAUUGUUUCAACUCCUUUCACUAGACAGGAGAAUACCAUCAUUCAGACUUGUGCUGUUGCUUGCUAUAGUAUUGCGGUAGGAGGUGGUUUUGGAUCUUACCUAUUGGGGUUGAAUAGGAGGACUUAUGAGCAAGCAGGGAGUGACACAGAAGGGAACACUCCUGGUAGUACGAAGGAGCCUGCAAUUGGUUGGAUGACAGCCUUUCUCUUUGUCACUAGUUUUGUUGGACUUUUAGCCCUGGUCCCCAUUAGAAAGAUUAUGAUAAUAGACUACAAAUUAACUUAUCCAAGUGGAACUGCUACUGCUGUUCUUAUUAAUGGAUUCCAUACUCCUAAAGGAGAUGUCAUGGCCAAGAAGCAGGUUCAUGGAUUCGUGAAAUUCUUCUCGGCGAGCUUUACUUGGGCUUUCUUUCAGUGGUUCUUUACAGGCGGAGAUAAUUGUGGAUUUGUUCAGUUUCCUACUUUUGGAUUGCAAGCAUGGAGAAACUCAUUUUACUUCGAUUUCAGUAUGACUUACGUUGGAGCAGGAAUGAUUUGUUCUCAUCUUGUUAAUCUAUCGUUACUUCUCGGUGCUGUGGUUUCAUGGGGCAUUAUGUGGCCGUUAAUCAAGGGAUUAAAAGGAGAAUGGUUCCCUUCAACUAUACCAGAAAGUAGCAUGAGGAGUCUCAAUGGUUAUAAGGUUUUUAUUUCCAUUGCCUUGAUUCUUGGUGAUGGACUUUACAAUUUUCUCAAAGUUCUCUAUUUCACUGCCACAAAUAUUCAUGCCAACAUGAAAAAGAAGACUAUUAAUACAUUUACCAGUAACCAGAAACCGUUGCCUCUUGAUGAUCUCAGACGAAACGAAAUGUUUGCAAGAGAAAACAUUCCUAUAUGGUUGGCAUGUACAGGGUACAUAUUCUUCUCCGUCAUUUCUAUUGUUGUAAUCCCGUUGAUGUUCCCUCCGUUGAAGUGGUAUUUUGUCCUGUUCGCGUAUAUUUUUGCACCUUCUCUGGGCUUCUGCAAUGCUUAUGGUGCCGGCUUAACUGAUAUGAACAUGGCCUAUAACUAUGGGAAAGUGGCUCUCUUUGUGCUUGCAGCUUUAGCCGGAAAAAGUGAUGGUGUAGUUGCUGGACUUGUAGGGUGUGGCCUAAUUAAAUCUAUUGUUUCCAUUUCAUCCGAUUUGAUGCACGAUUUGAAAACUGGCCAUCUCACUUUGACUUCGCCUCGUUCGAUGCUUGUAAGCCAAGCAAUUGGUACAGCAAUAGGUUGUGUUGUUGCACCUCUCACGUUCUUUCUUUUUUACAAGGCUUUUGAUGUCGGUAAUCCAAAUGGCGAGUACAAGGCUCCAUAUGCAAUCAUAUAUAGAAACAUGGCAAUUUUGGGUGUGGAAGGUUUUUCUGCCCUUCCACAUUAUUGCUUGGAAUUAUGUUACGGAUUUUUUGCGUUCGCUAUAGUGGCUAACUUGGUGAGAGAUCUUGCUCCACAAAAGGUUGGAAGAUGGAUUCCACUUCCAAUGGCUAUGGCUGUUCCUUUUCUAGUUGGUGGUUACUUUGCCAUUGACAUGUGCAUGGGAAGUUUGAUUGUGUUUGCAUGGCAUAUACUUAAUAAAAAUGAAGCUGGUUUAAUGGUUCCUGCAAUUGCUUCUGGUUUGAUUUGUGGUGAUGGAUUAUGGAUUCUACCUUCAUCCAUUCUUGCUUUGCUAAAAGUUCGUCCCCCGAUUUGCAUGAGCUUCUUCCCAUCCAAAAAAAUUAAAAUGGCUUCAGAUCCAAAGCUUCACACUUUCGAUGAGGUGGUAAAGCAUAGCAAGACCAAAGAUUGUUGGCUUAUUCUAUCUGGAAAGGUGUAUGAUGUCACCCCUUUUAUGGAGGAUCAUCCCGGAGGUGAUGAGGUUCUGUUGUCUGCAACAGGGAAAGAUGCAACCAAUGAUUUUGAAGAUGUUGGGCACAGUGAUGCAGCUAGAGAAAUGAUGGAAAAAUACUAUAUUGGUGACAUUGAUCCAUCAACUGUUCCGCUGAAGCGUACCUACACUCCACCUCAAUCUCAGUACAAUCCCGACAAGACUUCGGAAUUUGUGAUCAAGAUUUUGCAAUUCCUGGUGCCUCUCCUGAUAUUGGGGUUAGCCUUUGUUGUCCGAAACUACACCAAGAAAGAGUAGUUUCUUCUUUAUCAUCAUCACAUUGCACCCUUGUGAAGGGUCUGCUAGCUAUUUAUAGGGGGGUCAUUUAAAGGACAGUGUUUAGUUUCUUCGUGGUUGUUUUGUUGAGCAUUGAAACUAGAUUAUAAUGUUUUCCAUGUUUCUUUGGUAAUGGUACUUUUGUCAUUAUGAAUGAGGAACCUAAUAAUGUUGGACGGUGAAUUUCAUAUCUCUUCAGACUUCAUUCAGCAUCUUUGUUUCAUUAAUAUUUUCUCAAGACUUUUUUAAA